GAGCCCCCUCCCCCGGAUUGUCAGCAGUGAGAGGCUGUGCAUGCCUGCAGAGCUCCUCCACCCCAGGCUGCUCUGCACUGUCUGCUCUGUCCACACUGAGUGCUGUGCUCCGAGUAAGCAGCAGAGGAUUGCAGAGCAUUUCCUUAUUCUCACAGGAACCACACCUCGCUGGGGAGCUGAACUCAGCUGCAACUUUACCCCAGCGGCAGCGGAGACAGAAGAGCAGCAGCAGCGGCUGGAGGGGGCUCUCUGCGUCAGCAGCAGGAACAUAAAGGCAACAAGGAACGGUAAUAUCUCGGACAUUCUUCUUUCAAGAGCUGCUGCUUGUAAAUGGCCGUCUAAUGGAGUGACCAAGGGUUAGACGCUGACAUCUUCCUCUGCGGACUGUACAACCAGACUACAGGGAACCGUGCGCCGCCGGCCAGGCAGGAUUGUGACCAAACUGGAAGUCUCUGGAAAUAUGAGUGACUUCUGGCACAAACUGGGAUGCUGUGUUGUAGAAAAGCCACAGCCGAAAAAGAAGAGGAGAAGGAUCGAUCGCACCAUGAUAGGAGAGCCCAUGAACUUUGUGCAUCUGACACACAUUGGGUCCGGAGACAUGGGUGCCACUGAUGGCUUUCCAAAGGGCGGUGGUCUACAGGAACAAAUGAGAUCCAAAUGUGGCCAUGACCGACAACGGAAUACCUCCAGGAUUUUGUAGCUGUUCGCACUGUAAUGGUCGCAUGAGGAGAGCAGUGAUGACGAGCAGGAACAAAACACAGCGGUGCAAUCACUGGAUAAGUUAUUCAAUCUUCCAAACCAUAUGAUUUCUUUUAUAUUAUUUUUUUUUUCUGGAAAUAUUUUUUUUGGGGGGAGGGGGAAUUGAAAAAUGAAAAUUUCUGAAGAAUGUGCAAUAUUUUUAUAGUACAUUUUUGAAUCUGUGAUUCCUGCUCGUACGUGUAAGCCAAGGACUAUUUAUACACAUAUUUGUUUUAGUUUCGUCUGAACUGAGUGAAGUGAUGGCAGACAUUGAAAACGAAAGCACUUCAUGGGCUGGUGUAUGCCGGACAGACCUACGUUAUUUGUGACGCAACAUUCCUCCAUGUUACUGAUACACAGAAAAACAAAUCUGUACAGGUUCCACAUGCGACCAUACAGAAAUCCUCCUCCCAGGGCCCUUGGUUAUACAGCGUUGAGUUCAAGUGAGGAGUGAAUGCUGCGUUUUCAUUUCAACACGAUCAUUAUCUUGUUUUAAUAAUUAAAAAAGCAAUGUAAAAACUGCUGUAAAAAAUAAAAAAAUAAUAAUAUAAAUAUAUAUAUAAAAUCGCAAUGCACACACAGCAACAUUUCUGAAUGCCUUUCUAUCUAUAGAGCCAAAAUUGCAGAACUACACCACCAUGUGUUACAAAGUUUAGGGGAUAUUUAUUAAAACUUGGAGAGAGAUAAAGUACCAACCAAUCAGCUCAUGACAUUUUUCAAACACAGCCCGUGACAUGGCAGAAGCUGAUUGGCUGGUACUCUGAUAAAUAUCAACCUUAAUGCAAACCACACUGCUGACAAAUACGGGUGAGUGGCCCGGAUCCCAGAUCCCUAUAUUGGUGAAAGCGGGGACAGAAGUUCCUCAAUAAUACAAAUUCCGAGCACUUACAAUGAUGUAAAUAUACUUACAGGAUACAGGUCGAAACUACUACCUCUACAUCAGGAUUGUGGAAGCCUUGUUCCUUAUUUGGGGAGGGGGGGAUCACGUAUUAAUUGUACAUGGUUUAUUCUAGAGAACAAUGUCCUACUUACUGCAGUUUUAUUUGUGCGGAUUGUUUUUGAUAGGCAGUCCCCUUUUAUGUCCUAGUAUCUGAGUCUUCUUGACCACACAAAGGAAUAUAUAACAUGUUUUCCGUAAGAACAGUGCAUAACGGUGUCACGGAACACUCCAAUGAAGGCGGCCAGGUGGAUAGCAGGCUUUGGAGGCUCUAGCACAUUUACAAGGAAGUCCUAUCCAGUCGCGGUAGUUGGUCACAUUAUGAGGGAAUAGCCACCACACAGGGACUUAGCCAACCAUCAGAGAGGCCAUGUAAAGAACGGGGCCCCUUUAUAAAGGUGGGUACGUAGGUGUGUCCAGAGGACCACCCACUCUGAUUGGUAGGAGGGCUAAUCUUGGUGCAGGUUCCAUAACAAACCAAGCAUCCAAGUUCAUCUAUGAUUCUGCUCCACCAAGAACCUGACUCCUAGAGGACGGGGUGGGGCCCACCAGGUAUUUCCCCGGUACACCAGUGGGCCAGUCUGACCCUUCUAGCUAGGGAUGGACUGGGGCACGGUUAUGACACACUCCCAUUUCCCUUUAUCCUGGGUGGCUGAGCAGAGCGCCAGGUGUCUUAGCUGCCUGGCCAGCCCCUGUCUCCAUGUGUUGGUCUCUGUGUGGCCAGACUGGCCCAUCAAGCCAUUGUCCCUACUGGUAUUUGCAAGGAGUGCCCUUGGAUCAACAGUCAUGUUCUGAACGUCAUUAGAUGUGUGGCUGGUGGGAGAUGUUGCGGCAUGCUGUGCAUUUAUAGGUCCAGUCUCCUUAGUGCUUCCCUGUAAUUCACAUUAAACAUGAUCAGUGUUCUCAGAGCCUGUGUUCCCUCCGGCUGUCCUGAAGGAGUGAUACCUACCAGUAACUGGUUCUGGGGUAGAUUUUCGAAACGCUUCUAAAAGGGAAGAUUUUAGAUGUUGCCCAUUGCAACCAAUCAAAUUCCAGCUGUCAUUUGUACACUGUACUGAUUGGUUGCUGUUGCCAAACCCUCCUCCUUUUGCAGAUGUUUUAGCAAAGCUACUCAGUAACUUUAUUGCAUUGUUCUAUAUUUUGUCUUAGAUCCCCCAUCUGCUUAGCUUAGGGUUUGCUUUUAUCGGGCCUGUGUAUUAUUAUAUAAAGAUCCUGCCAUUCACAAUGUGUUUUGUUUCAGUAUUUGUACAAUUAAGCUAGACAAUUGCCAUAACUAUCAGGAUGUUUAAAAGAAAAAGAAAUAAUAAAAAGUAUAUAUGUGUGUGUGUAUAUAUGUAUAUAUAUAUACACACACACAUUUUUAUAAGGAAAAAUACACUCCAUGAAAUAUUAGGGGAGAAUUCCAUCAUUUCCAGGUGUUGGGAGCGAUGACGGACUUCGCAUGUAGCAUUUAUAGAUGUAGAGAUUCUAGCUUUUAUACAAACAUCCUGCAUAUACUGUAUACGUCUACUGCCCAGCUGGACUGUGAGCGCGAUUGUGUAUAGAGUAGCCGGACUAUUCUAAAAUUGUCUUGAAAUUAGCUUUGAUGCUGCUUAUAUGCGUUGAUGGACCCUGAUUUCGCUCUAUUAAUCCAGUGUAUAAAGCCAUUCCAAUAUUGAUUUAUUUGUCAUAGUGAAGAGAUAUUUAGCCUAAUUCUCUGUCUGCGAACAGUGAUUACAAUCCUUGAAAAAAAAUGAGAUGUGUUUCAUAUGGUUAAGAAAAUAGUAAAUUACUUUGAAAUAUG